UCCCUGCAGCGCUGCGAGGAGCGCCGGGCUCGCGGUUUCCCAGAAGGCUCAGCGACAGGUGCGCAUGCUCAGUGCUCCUCUGAGGCUUUGGCGGUGCUCUGAGGGGCUAUAGUGGUUCAGGUGAUGUUUUUUUCUCCCCUGCCGCGGCUUCGUGGUCUCCUUCAGCGCUGCUGGGGACAGCUGGAACAUGGCCUCUUGCCGAGUUUCUGCAGGAGCCAGAGCCCGCCCUGGGGACCAGCACUAGCUCUCCAAGCUCCAGCUUUUCUUCCACAACCGGUAAAUGACACCAGUGAAAGUAAUGAGGCACCAAGCCUGUUGGAUAGCAUCUUGUGGAUGGAGGCGCCAAAGUCGCGGCACACCAUUGAAGUGAAUCGCUGCAGGUGAAGAAACACCCCUAAGCUUAUAAAAGUAAAGAGGAACAUAGAUGUUUGUCCUGAGUGUGGAAACUUGAAACAGAAACAUGUCCUGUGUGGCUACUGUUAUGCAAAGGUCAAAGAAGAAACUCAACAGAUACGGCUGGAAAUGUGUAAAAAGGAACGAGGACCAUUUAGUGCUCCAACUGUAGAGACAACAGUCCUUUAUGAUGGAGAAAAGCCCACAGAAAAAGAUGAAGGCAAGCGGAUCGUUGAAAGAGCCAGGAAGCAUCUGUCUUGGUUUGUUCAAAAUUAAUGCUGUAGACCUAAUGCUAACAAAACCAGUUGCCAAAGCAGGAAAGAUCAUGAUUUUAAAGAAUGUUUUCCUCAUUCAGUGUUGAUACAGAAACCCUAUGAACUUUUGGAAAGCCUGCUUGAAAUCAUGUCAUGCCAUAGAAAUUUGCCGUCAGGUGUUGUUUCUAUAGCAUGCAGUGGGAAUUACGUCUCAGUGAUACAUCAUAGCCACCAACAGUUGAAGAGAAAUCAGGUUCUGCAUUGGGUUUGGACUUCUGCAUACAGUACACUGAGUAAUUUGUAUGCUAAUGGUUCUAUGCUGGUUUUAGGUGUGAAUAACACUUGUGUAACAAAGGGAAAACAAAGGAAAAAGGGGGGAAAAGUAUGUUAAGUUUAAGGAAGCCUGCUUUCUGAUUUUGGCUGCUGCUUUUUGGGAGAGGGGGAAUAAAGUUCAAACCCAAUAUGGAUUAGAUACAAAAGAUAUUUACAAGGAAAGAUACAGUUGUCUGGUUAUUUCCAUGGCUCUUACAGAAUCUGCCUGGAUUUCUCCCUUCAAAGUGCCCUUGGUUUCUUGGGCAAAGUAGCAAAUCAAAAUUUUGGAUGGAAAAUCUGUAGAUUUGAGAAGAGUCAAAGCUGAUCCUUUGCAGCCAUUGCCAUUAAGUAGUCUGGGUGGUCUGUGUGUGCUUGGAAAACCGCAAAGAACAGUGAGCAGUUCCUGCGUGUCUUGAGUCUUCUGCAGAAAGAGGGCAGCUGUGCCCUCUAAUGUCCAUUGGUACUUCAGUGGUAUGGUUACAGCAUCUAGCUGGGGAUUUUCACUGUUGCAUUUAAGACUGUUUUGAAUUUUAGGUUGGGACUUACAUACAUAAACAGUACUGUUGGAUAUUAUGGCUCAGCUAUUUCCUGCCAAAAAAUGCAAGCGUGCCCCUAACCCUGGCUAUGUUGCCUCUGUGUCUCUUAGGCACUUGAGUGUAUCUGCUCCUUGUGCUGGCCUUGUUUGGGGAGCUAUGCUUACAGAGAACUGAUCCCUGGCUUUCUACAGCUUGGUGUUUAGUGGGUACCUCCCUCUAGCUUGGCUUGUGUGAGGGUCCAAAAAGUGGCACUGUGAAUGGGAACAUGAAAGUGAAGGACACAGGAACACACUUUCUGGAAUAGCCUUUGUUUGUAUGUGGGUGAGCCAAUUAUGCCUGCUCAAGGAUGGGGCUUGUGUGUGCUUUAAUGAUGCACUUCUGUGUUGCUUGCUCUGGAUUCCAUGUUCUGAAACAUAACUGGUGGGAAUAGAUGUUAGUGGAGAUGUUACAUUUCUUCUGUAGUCUAAAGGAACAAUGAAAGCUGCUAAGUGUAAAUUGAUGCCAUUUAAUUGAUAGUGUCCAAGCAAACAAUAUAAGCUCUUUUGAUUUGUCCAAACCAGGAUUUAUUCCAGUUGUAUCUGUUUUACACUUGUUCAGAACUGAAGCCAAAAAAAGGUGGCAAGCAGGAUGCGGAGUGGAAAGCUUACUUUUGACAGCUGCAUGGCAUGAGAGUGACAUGUUGGAGGUGAGGUUAGCCAAGCAAUAAGGCAGAUAUUUUUUCCAGAGGGAAAGGUGUGUCUGUAUUUCAGGGAGAGGUGGGGGUUUUUUGUUUCAUUGUCCAUAUAUCAUAGGACCAGUUACACCUUACUGUCUUAGUUGUUUGUUGGGGUUUUUUUUUGACAAAGCUUCUGUAGAGAAAUAAUCUAAAUUAGUCUGGGAUGUUGAGAGUCAUAAAUUAAUUUCUCAGUAAAACAGAAGUAUUAUUUAAAGAAAAGAAGAAAAUUAUUUUUCUCUAUGAGAGAGGACAUGUGCUUUCUGCUAAUGGAGUAAUAAUUAUAAUUGGUAGUAUAUUGCAUUAGUUUACCGAGUUACAGGAUCAGUGAAGCAAUGAAGAUGCUUUACAAAUAGAGUUCUUAUGAAACAUGAGUGAAGUUAGGUUGUGUCAACACUAGAAAUUUUAAGAUACUUGCCAGGUCACAGUUAAGUAAUGAUUCAUUUGACAGCCAUAGUGCUUAUGUUAGUACUGCAGUUGUGCAAUCUGGACAAAAGGAGAUGCUUGGUAAUGUUUCAUAGUGGUUUCUGAGUAAUUUGGGCUGGGGGGAAGUAAAAUAUCUGGUAUUUGUGAUCACUAAAAGAAAAAUUAGAACUGACAAAUAUUGAAGAUUUGUAUGUGCAGUUCUAGUACCAGUUAAUUUUUUGAGAAAGGAAUUGUCUUCAAUGAGAGUCAGAACAGUUUAGUGGGAAUGACGUUCCUUUCAAAAGAAAAGGAAAGCUGACUUUCAUAGCUUCGUUUUAUUAACAAAUAAUAGUUAAGUCCAGAAUUCCUCUACAAUAUGUGGCAUGCUCUGUUACUUGGAAUAAACAAUGUUUAUGUGUAAUUUUGAAAGAAGUACAGAUUGCAACAGUGAUAAUAUAUAAACAUACACUUUUGAAACAAUGUAAAGUAAAGGUAACAAAAAGCAUGCUAGUUGUUACAAGUGCUAUACUCCAAAAUCCAUUUUAAAACAAAAAGUAUGUUUGUUUAAAAACAAAAAGUACCCCAAGGCAUACCUUGGGAGCUUCACUUUGAUACAUUGGGAAGCUGCUAGUAGUUGAAAAAGCCAUUCUGUUUUGUCUGAAAAUUUCAUAUGAUUAAAUACACGUUAUAUUUGAUUAUGCUUUUCCUCUAUAAUGAUCUUAUGUAAAAAUUAAUUUAUUUUAUAUUUUAGAAAGAUCCAGGAAGAUUAUGUAACAUCAUAAAACACAAGAAUGCCAGUUGCUAAACGAUUUUGUAUUCUACUAAUAUCUGCGGUGAUAGAGGUGAUCUCUGGUGGUGAUCAAUUAUGAUAUCCAUAGAGGCUGAUAAACUAAGUUUCUCUUUAAUCUCCCAUUUAGCAAGGAAAUUUUAAUAAAGGGUUUCUGCACAGCCCUCCUGUAUUCUUAUUGAACACGCUAUGCCAGCAAGAGCUGUUAGUUCAUAUAAAAUAUACUUCUUUAAAGCACUAGAUGGCAGAGGAGUAUAGCUUUCUGGUGGGUACAAAGCAAAAGGCAAAGAUCACUAGUGAGAUAGGAAACAGUGUCAGAUUCAAGGAAUUUGCACCUGUGUAAGCAAAAAUCUGCAGAAAGACCGAAUUUGCAAAGUACAAAGAAAAAUAUUACACUUGUUAUGGACAUAAACUAAUCUAUUGUAAUUCAUUGUCCCAGCUAAAUUUAAUCAGAUCUAUAUUAAGAACUUAUGUGCUGGCUUUUCUGUAUAUUUAUGCACUUCUGCUCUUUGCUGGGUCAAUUACUUGAAACUGCACUUGUACCUAUCAUUUUUCCCUAAUAAGAUAGUGGAGCUCUUUUUACAUCUCUUUUACAGAUGGCUUCCUAUGCUGCUUGGUAUGCCUGGUAUAUUCAGGUAGUUGACAUUUUAUUUAUGCAGCUAGAAAGUCCUGCAAAUAAUAGGUCUGGCGGCAUUCCAAUGAAUUUCAAUGUGUAACUGCCUUGGAUUUGUAGUCAUAAGGAUCAAUUUGCAAACAGCAGGCACGAAGUGGAAAGGAAAGAAGACCAAUGUGGUGUCUAAAUGAAUAUUAGUUGCUCGGAAGGGAAUAGAAGAUUGUGUGCCCCAUAAAAGUUUUUAAAUGUUUUGCAAGUGCACCAGUGAUAAAAGUGUAUCUAAAGAUACAUCUUUAGAACUUACUUCUUAAUUAGUAUUUAAAUAAGAUAUUAGCAAAAAUCCUUCUUUUACCUGACAUGAUUGCAUUAUGUAAUUUAUACAGCGAAUGAGGAUCAGUAAAUAAAAGUUGUUUCCAAAUAA